UCUUCCUUCCUUCCUACUUCCUUUCUCUGUCUCUUCUUGCAUUUUCAUCUCCACCUCUCUUCUUGCAUCUUCAUCUCCACCUCUCUUCUCGCAUCUUCAUCUCUCUAUCUCUAUCUCUACCUUUAUCUCCUUGCAUCUUCAUCUCCACCUCUCAUCUUUCAUCUUCAUCUUUCUAUCUUUAUCUCUAUCUUUAUCUCCUUACAUCUUCAUCUCCAACUCUCUUCUUGCAUCUUCAUCUCCAUCUCUUCUUGAAUCUUCAUCUCUCUCUCUCUCUAUCUCCACCUUUAUCUCCUUGCAUCUUCGUCUCUCUCUCUAUCUCAACGUUUAUCUCCUUGCAUCUUCAUCUGUCUCUCUCUGCAACUUCAUCUGUCUCUCUCUCUCUCUCUCUCUCUCUCUCUCUCUCUCUCUCUCUCUAUAUCUAUCUAUCUAUCUAUCUAUCUAUCUAUCUGUGUCUCAUAUCUCUCUCUACAGCUCCAUCUCUCUCUGUCUGCAUCUCCACCUUUCUGUCCUUGCAUCUUCAUCUCUCUUUCUCUCUGUAUCUUCAUCUCUCUCUAUCUCCAUCUCCAUUUCUCUCUUUCUCUGCAUCUCCAUCUCUCUCUUUCUUGGCAUCUUUAUCUCUCUCUCUCUCUCUCUCUCUCUCUCUCUCUCUCUCUCUCUGUGCAUCAUCACCCCUCUCCAUCAAGAAAAACCAAGAUGGGGCGUGGUAAGAUAGAGAUAAAAAGGAUAGAGAACUCCACAAACCGACAGGUGACAUAUUCAAAGAGAAGGGGAGGUAUACUGAAGAAAGCAAAGGAGAUCACCGUUUUGUGUGACGCGCAGGUCUCCCUCGUCAUCUUCUCUAGCACUGGGAAGAUGUCCGAGUAUUGUAGUCCCUCCACCGAGCUGGUGAAGAUUUUGGAACGCUACCACAAGAGUUCAGGAAAGAAGCUCUGGGAUGCUAAGCAUGAGCAUCUUAACAAUGAGGUUGAAAGGAUUAAGAAAGAGAAUGAUAGCAUGCAGAUCAAGCUCAGGCAUUUGAAGGGUGAGGAUAUCAACUCAUUGCAUCCGAAGGAACUCAUCCCUAUAGAGGAAGCCCUCGAAAACGGUCUUGCCUGUGUUCGCUCCAAGCAGAUGCAGUACUUAAAGAGGCUGAAGAAGAAUGAAAGGUGUCUGGAAGAGGAUAACAAGCGCUUGAGUUAUAUCCUGCAGCAUCAGCAACAACUGGCGAUGGACGUAAAUCUAAGAGAAAUGGACCACGGGUAUCAUCAGAGAGAGAGAGAAUAUCAUCCCCAGAUGCCUUUCGCAUUCCGCGUGCAACCCAUCCAGCCCAAUCUACAUCAGAAUAAGUAAGAACGGAUGCUCUGGCAUCAAUGGCUUGGAAAACUUCAAAAUACUCCUCUAUCUAAUAUCUAAUGCUAUUUUUACAAGUAAUAAUAGUAAUGUGUGGUGACUUCUAUAAUAAAAUACUACUUAAGCUACAUAAGUACUACGAUCCUGGACAUAUUUGUAUGGAUUUGAUUAAAGGUAAUCUAUUUACUGAUGGUGUUGCUAGUUA